GAUACCGUCAUGUAGGCCUCGUAGCCCACAGUGUUUAURCUUUAGACACGCCCACUCUUGUGACACGCUCACUUUGAUUCCGCAGACAAUCCCUUCUCGCAGCAACAGCGGCAGGCUCCCAUAAUGCACUCCCCGACCGUCAGCGGGAAACCAAAAUGGCGAACUUGCUGCGGCUAGCAGGAGCCGUUUGUUAUUUUUCCUGAAAAGGCACGAGCCCCGUGGCCUCGGUGGAAACGCGUCUGAGCUAAACUGACCCAGGAGAGGAGCGGAGAAAAGCAGCGUCGCUCCUGUAAUCCGGCUGUUUGCUGGUUUGUAAAGGCGGAGGCGAGCCAAUGAGAGACUCGGGGGUUGUGGAUCAUCCAUCCCUCCAUCACAGAGCUCACCCUGAGCAGCACACAGUGUCCCUGUCACCCAGCAGGCACGCURCCAGGGUUGAGUAUGGAGAAGACGACAUGAUGGCCAGGUUUACAGAGGGACAGGACGUGUUGGCCAGGUGGUCAGAUGGCCUCUUCUACCUGGGAACGAUCACAAAGAUAGAUGAUGAAAAGCAACGAUGCUUCAUUGUUUUUGAAGAUCGAUCAAAGUCAUGGGUUCUUUGGAAAGAUAUUCAAACUGGUGAUGAAGAUGAUCAGGAUGAUGAAGACGAUGACAUCGUUUGCUCCAUCUGCCAGGACGAGUCGUCAGAAGAACCCAACGAGAUCGUCAUUUGUGACAAAUGUGGACAAGGUUACCAUCAGAUGUGUCACUCCCCCAUCAUCGACGCUGCCGUCAUCGACUCUGAUGACAAAUGGCUGUGCUCACAGUGUGACCUCAUGUCUCUAUCAAAGAGGAGUUCACACCGGAAAGGAUCAUCUGCUAAAAGCUUUUUGCAGCAUGAACAGCAGCAGCAGCAGCAGCCUGUGGAGCUGCAUCUGUCCUUCCCAUAUGUCCUGGAGGAGCUGAUCUGGGAGCAGGGUCAUCAGACCAACAUACAGCAGUGYUACUGCUACUGUGGUGGUCCUGGAGAAUGGUUCCUGAAGAUGCUGCAGUGUCACAGAUGUCAGCAGUGGUUCCAUGAAGACUGUCUCCAUUGCCUGCAGAUGCCCAUGCUCUAUGGAGAUAGGUUUUAUAUCUUCAUCUGUUCAGUGUGCAACGGUGGMCCAGAGUACCUGACCCGGCUGCCUCUCACCUGGAAGGAUGUUGUUCAUCUGAGUUUGUACAACUUGAGUGUAAUCCACAAGAAGAAGUACUUUGACUUUGACAUGGAGUUGAUGUCUUACAUCAUUGAAAACUGGUCACUGAUGCAGCUUGGUGAGCUCGCCAAAACUCCAAGAUCUGAGCGGUUUGAUCAUAUUCUGGAGACCUUAACCAACAAUAGCUGCACAUUCAUGUCUGGAAAGGAGGUAAAGAAAAAAAAGCACUUGUAYGGCCUCAGGAUUCGAUUCCCCCCCUCUCCCCCCAACUGUGAUGAGCCAAUUUACAGAGUGAUGAAAACGUCACAUGAGAUCACCAUUAAAGGAUGCAAAUCCAACAAAACUAUGUCUGCAAUCAAAAGUCCCACCGCUCUAACCAAUGGCACCGAGAAGAAGAAGAAAAAGAAGAAAAAGAAAAAGAGGAAGCAAGAGGCGCGUUCUCUGGAGACCCUGGCUAAACCACAACGGUCUACUGAGCUCCUGUCUCUGGAAACCAGAAAACCUCUCCCAGUGGAGUCUCAUGCAUUGGAUCAUUUCACUUCUGUCAACCUCUACAGUUCCAGCAGGACACAGCCGUCAUCCUGUCACAUGCCUCUGACUUCUCCGCCGUUGAAACGAAAACGUGGGCGACCGCGGCGGACCCCGCUGGCCCCCGAGAUCCCCCCUCCUCCCAGCCAGGCCGAGCCCGACCCGUCGGCCACAGAGAUGCUCACCCUCACGGGGCUUCACUCCACAGACAUAGUUCACGGCAUGGACCCCAACAGCCAGCUCUCACACCUCAAGAACUCUAUCAGCAGCUACUUCGGAGUAGCAGGCCGUCUGGCUUGUGGGGAGAAGUACAAGGUCCUGGCCCGACGGGUCACGCUCGACGGCAAGGUGCAGUAUUUGGUGGAGUGGGAGGGAGUUACUGCCUCGUAGGCUCGUUGGUGUCACGGUUCACAUGUCAGACCUGAGUGGAGCUCAGAGGCUGGAGGUCUGCCGUUCCUUCAGAGCAUUAACUGGUUGUGUGUCUGUUUUAGUUCAGACAAGAACGGCUUCUGUCCACCUAACCAAGAUUUAAAAUCUUAUAUCAGCCAAAAUGUCUUUUUGAUUUUGUUUUGUGACUGAUUUACUAAACAGGAACUG